GGGCAGAGACAGCAGAGACUAGGCCCAAGAAGAAAAGCACGAGACCAUCGGACGUUUACAGAAGCUGGCGUGUGAUAAUCGGUCUGGCAUGAAUAUAUGGGAGGUUUUAUUGGAAAAAACAAAUCCACAGACAUUAAGACACCGAAACAUGGAGAAAGUCUUGCAAGAGGAAACAAUCAUCAACAACCUCUGAAUUGCUUAUUAAUUAUUAAAACUGACUAAAAGAACAGUACGCCAUGUUAUCUACAGACAAAUGAUUACAAAGGAAUUUUUAAAGAAGAGUUAACCUGCCGCCUGCAACGCCAGCGUGCCGCCACCAGGGGGAAACCGCGCGCCGCGAACUAACCCGUACUCAUUAAGGAGUGGAAUCCAGGAACAGAUGUCGAUGGGGUUUCAAUUCCUCCCCCUGCAUUGCUGAACCAUGUCUCCCACAUUCCACACCCACCCAUCAGAAUGAUCAGCGUGUUAUGACUCUGAGGCUAUGGCCAGUGAACCCCUCGAAGGUUUUCAUGAGGUCAAUCUGGCGUCACCCACCACUCCGGACCUGCAUGGCAUCGCCGAGCCCCGACCAGCAAAACCGGCCGCGCCACCGAGCUCCUUAUACCGUACCCACUCCCUGACCUCUACCCCCUGCCCUCCCAAUGCUCUCUAUGCUGACCAGUUGCCCACCCAGCCAGUGUACCCGGCCCCCCGUCACCUAGCCAACGAGGACCCUCACAAUGGCAGUGUUCCGGGACUGGAGGCAGUUUCCUCAGGCGCCGCCUCUCAUGAGGCGGGGUCAGUUGAGGAUGGUGCCCCAUUGGGUGAUGAGGGAGAGGAUCCGUUGGCUCUGAGCACAGACAGCCUAUCACGGCUCAGGAGUCCCUCUGUCAUGGAAGUGAGAGAGAAAGGCUAUGAGAGGCUGAGAGAGGAGCUCGCCAAAGCACAGCGGGAACUAAAAUUAAAAGACGAGGAAUGUGAGAGACUUUCUAAAGUCAGGGACCAGCUGGGGCAGGAGCUGGAGGAACUGACUGCCAGCCUGUUCGAGGAGGCUCACAAGAUGGUGCGUGAGGCGAACCUGAAGCAGGCCACCGCGGAGAAGCAACUACAGGAAGCCCUUGGGAAGAUCGACGUGAUGCAGGCUGAGGUUGUGGCCCUGAAGACGCUGGUGUUGUCCACGUCCCCUACCUCGCCAUGCAAGGAGCUGCCGUCGGGCUCCAAGGCCCCGUUCAGAAAGGGCCACACACGCAACAAGAGUACCAGCAGUGCGGUGAUGGGUAGCCAUCAACAGGAGCUCGGCGCCCAGCACACCAUCGGGCACGACAGCAGAGAGGUGGAUUCCCUUCUCUUCAGUGAGUUUAAGGCCUGGAAAGAGGAUCCUACUUUAGACAGGAGCUGCUCUUUCCUGGACCGGAUCUACAGGGAGGACAUUUACCCAUGCCUCACCUUCUGCAAGAGUGAGCUGGGCUCGGCCAUCCUGGAGGCGGUGGAGCAGAACACGCUGAGUGUGGAGCCGGUGGGAUUUCAGCCCCUGCCUGUGGUAAAGGCCUCUGCACUGGAGUGUGGAGGACCCAAGAAGUGUGCUCUCAGUGGUCAGACUAAAUCCUGCAAACACAGGAUCAAACUGGGAGACUCCAGCAGCUACUACUAUGUGUCCCCGUUCUGUCGCUAUCGGAUCACAUCUGUGUGUAACUUCUUCACCUACAUUCGCUACAUCCAUCAAGGACUGGUCAAACAGCAGGAUGCAGAGCAGAUGUUCUGGGAAGUGACACAGCUGAGGAAGGAGAUGUCCCUGGCCAAGCUGGGCUACUACAGAGACGAGCUGUGAGCUGCACGCGACCCAUGACCCCCAACCCGCGACUAGGGGAGACGGCAGGGAGCGGCUCUUUCUUCCCCUCAUCACCUCGCCGCUGCGUGGCACUUCAGCGUGUGCAUGCGUGUGUGUGUGUGUGUGUGUGUGUGUGUGUGUGUGUGUGUGUGAUCAGCCUGUGGUAUAUGUGGCCCCUGUCCUAUAAUACAAUACACUACUGAUGUUAACUUGAUUUCAUUAUGUGCGACAAUUGGGGACUGAAGGAAGAAAAUGUCUGUGCUAGUUUCGGAGUAACAUUCAAGACUUUGAAACCUUUCACCCAGGAACAUUCUAGACCACACCAGUAACAUUCUCUUGAGCUCUGAGUUAAUCCUAAGUGUAGAUAACAGUGCGUUGCCGUGACGUGUGUUUGUGUGGAAUGUGCCGUAUAUGUUAUCAGGUGUUUUGUUUUUGUUUGGGUUUUUUCCCCACAAUUCCUCCCAGAUCAAGCUUACUCGCUGUUGAUUUUAGUGCCUUUCUGGAACACUGAAUAAAAUUGUAUACCUCUGUAACAACAGUA